AGGUUUAUUUUGUCAAGAAGCUGUAAAUCCUGCUGGUUUUGAUGGUGCUUUCUACGGUCAUCCUUUUCAACUGUGGCGACAACUAGCUGGUAUAUUGACGACAAUUGGAUUCGUAAGCGUUGUUACAGCGAGUAUUUUGCUCAUUCUUCAGUAUACUAUUGGUAUCAGACUAGAUCCAAAAGAUCAAGCCCUUGGUUUAGAUAGGGUAGCACACGGAGAAAGCUGGGAAAUACAAGAUCGUUUUAAAGAUGUUGGUACAAAUACGAGGUCAAGUAUUAGACCAAAUCAACGACCGAUGUAUACAGCUUGGAAUAAAACAAAAUUCUUUCAUGCUAAUAGUUAUCGGCCAAAAAUAGCGCGAACAAAAGCUGUCUGA